UUGUGGAAAAGGGCAGAGACUACAACAGUACUGCUGAUCGGGUUAGCUGUUCUUUAGGGAGAACUGAGAACUGUCUUCAGCAUUGAGUAUUUCCUGUCUUCUAUCCCACCCAAAACAGUUUUGCUCAUGGAGGCCUCAAAGGAUGAGGAUUGUUGGCACCUCAUUGAUCACAGCCACGUGAAAGACUUUGAAGUAGACCAAUGGGUGAAGAUCAUUCUUGCCCUCAUCUAUAGCAUUAUCUUUGUGGCAGGGAUCUUGGGCAACAGUGUCACCAUCCGGACUUCCAAAAUCCUGCAAAAGAAAGGCUACAUGCAAAAAGCAGUGACUGACCACAUGAUAAGUCUAGCAUGUUCGGAUCUCUUGGUGAUCUUACUGGGGAUGCCUGUGGAAUUCUACAGCAUCAUAUGGAAUCCUUUCUCCACCACAAAAGGAGAUCUCACCUGCAAGCUGUACAGCUUCCUCUUCGAGGCUUGCAGCUAUGCCACUGUGUUACAUGUGGCCACCCUAAGCUUUGAGAGGUACAUUGCCAUCUGCCACCCGUUUAAGUUCAAAUCUACUUCUGGAACCUACAAAGUGAAGAUCCUCAUUGCCUUUGUUUGGAUUACAUCGGUGCUGGUGGCCCUACCCCUUCUCUUUGCAAUGGGGGCAGAGCACCCUUUGGUAGACAUCCCAGGGCAUCGAGGGUUGGUUCUCUGUGAAAAAUCCAAGUCUCUACGUCUGCCUGAAUUUAGUUUAAAUGUGACAAUAUGUACCAAUUUAUCAUCCAAAUGGAAAGUCUUCCAGUUUAGUAUUUUCACUGCCUUUAUUGUGUACAUCAUAGUAUUGGUUUCUGUAACAUUUAUGUGCCGGAAUAUGAUUAAAGUCUUGAUGGUCUACAAGCAAGGAACGGUGGAAGUAAAAGGAAGAGAAAAGCAAUCCCAAUUUCUAAGGAAAACCGAAAGUCCAGAGAGCAGAGGAUCCAAGAAACAGACUCUUAUCUUCCUAGGUUUGAUUGUUGCAACACUAGCAAUAUGCUGGCUACCGAAUCAAGUUCGAAGGAUCAUGAUGGCUGCCAGGCCCAAGCAAGACUGGACAGUCUCUUAUUUCCAGGCAUAUAUCAUUCUCAUCCCCAUAGCAGAUAUUUUCUUUUACCUUAGCUCUGUGGUGAAUCCUCUCUUGUACAACAUUUCCUCCCAACAAUUCCGGAAGGUCUUUCUUCAAGUCCUCCGAUGUCGCCUGUCCAUAGAACAUGCCAACAAACAGAAGUACUUGGCAACUAGUUUAAACUCUGUAGCCAGUGUCAACCAUUCCAAACGCCCAUUGAUCUUCAUGUCAUCCAGGAGAAAGUCUUCCACCAAAGCAGCACAGAAAGUUCCCUCAAAUAUUCUUCAGGAUGAGGCUGAAAUUAACUCCAGUUUACCAAAACAGAGUCCCGAGUCACUGGAGCUCAAUGUGAUAACAAUGCCUCUGGAGACUAGCAUAGAUCCAAGUCCUCUUAACCAAAAUGGCGUUUGCGAACAUGAAGAAACGUUACAGGAUACACAAUAGGCUGAAAGAAGCAGCAAUAAAGGAAAACAAAAGAAAGACUUUAUAGCCAACAACUUGUACCUUCCAAGUUCAAGUACAAUAGAUGACUUUCCAAUAACAUGAAUGAUAGUGCUUUUGUAUGGACGACUGUUGAUUUUUUUUCUUUGUUUUGUUUUGUUUUAAAGUGCACACUGAAAAAAUUAGACAACUAAAUCUAUUCUGCAAGUAAUGAAGUUGUUGAGACUUCUUUCAGAUAAAACUCUUCUUUUGGGAAAGCAAACAACAAC